AUGGACCCUGUUUCGGAAAGCAAUCUUAUCACCAUUAACAGUCUCCGCUCCUGGCUAGGAAGAGGAAACUGGGAAUUUCCGGGACUUCGCACAACUAUUUUCGAUUAUAUUGAUCCUGAUUCUGAGCACCAAAUCCUCAGCUUCAGAUCAGGUGACCCUAAGCUCGCUCUCACUACUUGGCAGCCCUAG